AUGGAGAGGGCUACGAGAUGGGACACCGGGAUCCCGGAAUCUGAGCUCACGAGGCUCCUCGAUCAUCUGAAUGUCGUCCCGGAUGAACAGCCACAUGGAAGGAUGACAUCGACGGCAGCAGAUCUCCGAGACGAGCUCGAUCAAGCUAGGGCGCGGGUGGCAGACCUCGAGGACGAGUGCGAGCUAUGGCAGAAGAAGCUCGGCGACCUCUACGAGAAGGCCCUACGACGGAGGCGAAAGGAGGAGAAGCUUGCUGCAAUGGCGGCUGAUCUGGAGGGGGAGCUGAGGAGGGAGAGGAAGGACCGGCGGUGGCUGGAGGCGGAGAAUAUCAAGCUCGCCGGUGAGGUUGCGGCGGCGGAGGCAUCUGCUUGGCGGCGCCUGCAGGAUUACGAAGAGCAGAAGAAGGAGAGGGAGCUCAUGGAGGAGGUCUGCAGGGAGCUGGUGGAGGAGGCCGACGGUGGCCGAGCAGAGAUCGAGGUGCUGAAGAGGGAGGCCAUGGAAAUCCGCGGGGAGCUCGAUUGGGAGAGGAGGAUGUUGCAGGUGGCCGAGGAUUGGCGUGAGGAGAGGGUCCAGAUGAAGCUGAUCGACGCGAAGCUCGCCAUUGAAGUGCAGCGCUCCCAAGUCAGCAAGCUUCGGCCCAUGUUGCAGAAGUUUUUGCGGGGAGAGGUGGUCUCUGUUGCAGAAGAAGAAGGUGAUGACAAUGGGGAUGAGGACGAUGGCGACAGCAGCUGGGAGGAGAUGCUGAGUCGGUCUGAGGAGCUCGACUCGAGCAUUCCCUCAAUUGGAACAGAGGGGGAGGUGAUGGCAGAAAGGUGA